CACACACAGUGUGCGAAUUUGGAACUAGAGUUGUUUCAGUUCUGAGGCUGCUGAAAGUUGUCAAAGAAACAAACUACUGCUCUGCAGUCACUCUGGGACACUGUGGGAUGUGGAAAAAAACAGACUGAAAGAGAUAUAUUCAGAUUCUCUUCUGUUGCUUGCUUGGUGUUGAAGGAGCUGAAUGUGAACUGCAAACUGAUCAAGAAUAAAAUUGAACAGGACUGGUUAAAAAAAAAUAUGGGCAGCCUUCAGCUGGAUGAUUUUGUAGCUGGAUGGGUAGGAGGAGCAGCAGCGGUAAUUGUGGGACAUCCUCUCGACACAGUAAAGACUCGCUUACAAGCUGGACAAGGCUAUGGAAGUACAUUCAACUGUGUCCUCACUGUGUACAGAAAUGAAAGUGUUGUCGGAUUCUUCAAAGGCAUGUCCUUCCCACUAGUUAGCAUCGCAGUCUACAACUCAGUGGUAUUUGGUGUCUUCAGCAAUACCCAAAGGCUCAUUAGUCAACAUCGUUAUGGGAACUGUAAUCAUCCUCCUACUCUCAUGGACUUGGCUUUAGCAAGCAUGGCAACAGGGGCUGUUUCAGUAGGCAUAGGUGGUCCAGUUGAUCUGGUAAAGAUACGACUACAAAUGCAGACACAAACUUUCCUUGAAGCUAAUCUAAACUUGAAGCACAGGACAGGUGGUGUUUCAGUACAGGCUGCCUACAGAGGUCCAGUUCACUGUGUUGGCACAAUCCUUCGUCAGGAAGGUGUAGCAGGAAUAUACCGAGGUUCUUCAGCAAUGAUGUUAAGGGAUAUCCCCGGAUAUUGCCUCUACUUUAUCCCUUAUACAUUUCUCUGUGGAUGGAUCUCUCCAGAUGGAUGCCUGUCUCCUAGUCCCUUUUCUGUGUGGAUGGCUGGUGGGAUUGCAGGAGCAAUAUCUUGGGGAAGUGCCACUCCUAUGGAUGUUGUGAAGAGUCGCCUUCAAGCAGAUGGUGUGUCUUUUAACAGAUACAGAGGAGUUAUUGACUGUAUCUCCCAAAGUUAUCACAGUGAGGGUCUAAAAGUCUUUUUCAAGGGCCUCACAGUGAAUGCAGUGCGAGGAUUCCCAAUGAGUGCUGCUAUGUUUCUUGGAUAUGAACUUUCACUCAGAGCCCUAAGAGAACAAGCAGAAACAAAUCCUUGAAUUCCAGCAAUCUCCCGCACUUGACCAUCACUGCUACUUGCUGAGCCAAAUCAACUUCACAGCCUGGAUUGAUUUAAACUGAUGCCACUUACCAGAAUAUGUACAGAAGAAAUUUCAUCCUACCAGAGACCUUUAUGUUUGUGGAGAGUAACUUUUGAUCUUGUAUGGAUUUAGCUGAAUUGCUGAAAUUACAAAUCAACUAUUACCAAACUCUUUUUGUCCAAAAUCUACCACUUAAUGCUGAAGAGUAUUUUCAAAUAUACAUGGUAAUCUGGCAAUGAUCAAAAAUUUUCAUUGGUGUGGCAAGAGUGAACCUGCUUUGUCUGGGAUCCAUCCAUGAUCAGCCAUCUAGCCUGAAGAAGCAAGGAAAAUAAUUUCUCACCUAAGGAAGUUUGAAGUCUUUGCAAAGUUCCUGUCACAUUUCAUAUUUGGUAAAAUUCUUCCUUGGCUUUGCAUGACAAAGUAACCUGUCUAGCAUCUGCAAUAAGAACUUAAGAAGAAAAUAGAGACUUUCAACUUCUUUUGUUCCAAAUGUAAUUGAUUGUGAUAAGAUUAUUUUACUUUUUUAAAAAUGCUUUUGCCUUCUUAUAAUUUAUACGUAAUGUAUUACUUUGUGGAGCAUGGUUUAUUACAUUGAAUGAGAUAUGAAAUAUAAAAUCUGUAAUUAACUUUAAGUAAAUCAAGAAGAAGAA